AGCUUCCUCCUGUCUUCUGCUGCAGGGAAUCCCCUGAUCUCUCAGGGACAGAGCACCAUGGCAUCUGUAGUGACCACACAGCUGCCAGGCACUAACUACCUCCUCCUAGCCUUGAACUUGCUGGCUGCCUGCACUACCUCUGUGCUCUCCUUCCAGUUUAUCUCUGCCAGGCAGGCUCAGCCAAGCACUGCUGGAAUCACAUACAAAACAUACUACUUUAACCAGAAGAUAGAUCAGUUUGGUUUUGCUGAAGAUUCCACGUACAAACAGCGCUAUCUAAUUUCAGAUGAUCACUGGAAGAAACCCGGUGGGCCUAUACUAUUCUACACUGGCAAUGAGGGAGAUAUCGCCUUGUUCUGCAAUAACACAGGAUUCAUGUGGGACGUAGCAGAAGAGUUUGGAGCCAUGUUAGUUUUUGCUGAACAUCGGUACUAUGGCGAAUCUUUGCCUUUCGGCGAUUUAUCAUUCAGUGAUCCAAAACAUUUGAAUUAUCUGACAUCUGAACAGGCUCUAGCAGACUUUGCAGUCUUACUAAGGCAUCUUAAAGGGACCAUUGAUGGAGCCCAAAACAGCCCAGUGAUAGCCAUUGGCGGCUCUUAUGGUGGAAUGCUUGCUGCCUGGUUCCGAAUGAAGUACCCGCAUGUUGUGGUAGGAGCUCUUGCGGCUUCAGCCCCUAUCUGGCUGUUUGAGGAUUUAGUUCCCUGCAAUUCCUACUAUGAAAUUGUAACAAAUGAUUUUAAGAAAAGUGGACCUGGAUGUUCUGAAAGCAUCUCAAAUUCCUGGGCAGCUAUUAACCGCAUGGCAGAAACUGGUGACAGUCUGCUCUGGUUGUCCAAUGCAUUUCAUUUGUGUUCACCACUGAAAUCAAGAGAGGAUGUUGCAGCUUUCAAAGGCUGGCUGAGUGAAACCUGGGUUAACUUAGCUAUGGUUGACUAUCCAUAUCCUGCCAACUUUUUAGAGCCUUUGCCUGCCUGGCCUAUUCAGGUAGUGUGCAAAUAUUUGAAAAACCCGAAGUGUGGUGAUAAAGAGCUGCUGCAGAAUAUUUUCCAGGCUGUUAAUGUUUAUUACAACUACACGGGUAAUGCCGAAUGCUUAAACAUAUCUCAAACAUCGUCCGGAAGUGUUUCAGACCUAGGCUGGAGCUAUCAGGCUUGCACAGAAAUGGUGAUGCCGUUGUGCUCAGAUGGAAUUAAUGACAUGUUUGAAGCUCAGCCAUGGGAUCUUCAGGCUUAUUCUGAUGAGUGCUAUAAGCAGUGGGGUGUUCGGCCUCGAGACACGUGGAUUACAACUAUGUAUGGCGGGAAGAAUAUCAGCGCGCACAGCAACAUAGUAUUCAGCAAUGGUGGCCUGGAUCCAUGGUCAUCUGGUGGUGUGAAUGAGAAUAUCAGUGACACUUUAGUUGCUAUUGUUAUUCCAGAAGGCGCACAUCACUUAGAUCUGCGCUCCAACAAUGCCUAUGACCCAAAAUCUGUUCUUCAGGCUCGAGCUUUGGAAAUACAGUACAUGAAGAGGUGGAUAGAACAGUACAAGGCGAAUAAGAACUGAAAGCUUGCUUUUCCCAAGUCACUUUGUAAAAAUAAUUUUGUUGUAGGUGUUAGGAUAUUCAAGGAAAUUUCACAAAGGAAAAAUCACUUUAAUUUUGUAUAAUGCCUUAAUAUUUUGUGUCAGUGUAUUCAAUCCCCCCCCAACUCUGCAUUUGUGUAUAGCUAGAAAUUAAACCUUUUAAAUCAGUUUUUACACAUUAUAGGGCUCUUCACAAACAAAUUAAAUAACACAUCAAAAAUAAAUGUAUGUGUGUGUGCAAUUCACAGUAUUUUCUUAUGAAAUAAAGAAUUUAAACAUAGUUUAUGCAUAUUUUUAUCCUUUAGUCAGAAACAAAAAGUAUGUUUGUUACUGAAAAUGUAAUUGGUCAGGUGUAUUUGAGAUUCAUUUUGUCAGUGUGAUAAUCUGUGCAUAAAAAACAGACUUAUUCUCUUUUUAUUCCUCACUCUCUGUUUUAUAAUAUAUACUUUACAGCAACCAUAUAGCUUUUUAUACACAAUUCUACCAGUCGUGUGUAUAGAAAAAUAUGGAACCAAAUGUAAUGUUUGCAAAGGAAAAUUUAGGUUGUCCUAAAGAAACCUAAAGCUGAAUUAAAUUGCACUAUUGCUUGCCUAUAACUGUUUAACCUAUAUAAAGGCCUUAAACAAAGCGCUUAUGUGGCUGUACACUGCCGGUCUUGAGCUGAACAUAGCCGGUUAUUGGCAACUACACGCACAUUCCACCUCUGAUUGGCUUACUGGCUUUGUUUAGCUCUGGACCAGUAAGAAAAUACUAAAAUUACAGCGUAAUUUGCUUUCAAAAUAUUUGUACAGUCAUUCAGUUUAUGACAAAGGCCAUUUAGCACGAGCAGCCUCCAUUAUGCUGAACUCCAAAUGUAUUGUAUUGUUUUUUGUUUUGAUUUUGUCUAUGGACACUUAUUGUAAAACCACUUACUUUUUUUGUCCUCAUGUUAGUUCCCAAUGAACCCACACUGAUAAUUUCAUAAAAAAAUGUAUAGGCCCAUUACAAAUAAAUAAUUACUGUGUAAAAGGGAGGAAAAAAUGUUCACAUUGCUAUGUUAUUUGUUUCUCUUACUGUUUACAGUUAUCUCAUAGUCUCAUACCUGUUUUUUUAGCGUUCCUGAACUUCCCUAAUGGCAGAACUAUUUUAGUGUGCAUGUAAACACUCCAAUUAUUUCAUUUUGUUUUUCCCCCUUAAUACUUCCUUAUUUAGUAUUUAGAAAAAACAACUUAGUUUGUCUCAACAGGUCUGGUACUGAAAUCUAUCUUAUAAGUAACUCAGAUAAAUAAAAUUGCUAAUUAUUUGUUUGUAUUAAUACAUGGGGGCUUUUUGUAUGCUAUCCCCCCCGCAUGGAAGUGGAACAGAAAUUUUUCAACAGCACAUUCUUAGCAUUCUGAACGCAUUUUAUGAAUAAUUGUUCUAUAAGUGAGCGUGCAGGUUACCUCACUGUAGAUAACUUUGAAAUAUCCAUUUUUGACUAAACCACGUAGCAUAUUUAGGUCUUCUGGAUGGUUAUCAUCGUGAACAAAAAUGUAAUAUACUCAGGGGUUGUGUUUUCUUGUUAAUAUAAUGCUACAAUGUUUGUAUGUGAUUUUUUGCAGUAAAAUAAUUCUGAUUUACACAGUU